UGUAACAAAGCAGACAACCUCCUUUGUUUCAUCAAUGUUCGACAAAACACAGAUUCAGUAACCAAACAACCUCAAAAAACCCGAAAUGGGUUUUCUUAGAAAAGCAUCAAAAACCUUAAAACAAUCAAACUAUGUUUCAUUGUUAUUCAAUUUCAACCCUUUAUCAAGUAGAAUAACCCAUGAACGAUUUUCCAUUACACGUGCACUUUUCUGUACACAGUCACGCCAAAACUACACCAAAGAAAAAGCCAUUAUAGAUUUGAGUCAGUACCCACCAGAGCUUGUGAGAAAUUUUUCAAUCAUUGCACAUGUUGAUCAUGGAAAAUCUACUCUUGCUGAUCGGUUAUUGGAGCUUACUGGUACUAUUAAGAAAGGACUUGGGCAACCUCAGUAUCUUGAUAAAUUGCAGGUCGAGAGAGAAAGGGGAAUCACGGUUAAAGCGCAGACAGCAACAAUGUUCUAUAAGAAUAUCAUAAAUGGUGAUGAUUUUAAAGAUGGAAAGGAGUCAUCUAAUUAUUUGUUGAAUCUUAUUGACACACCUGGGCAUGUAGAUUUCAGUUAUGAAGUGUCAAGGUCACUAGCUGCUUGUCAGGGCGUGCUUUUGGUUGUUGACGCUGCUCAAGGAGUGCAAGCGCAAACUGUUGCUAACUUUUACCUUGCCUUUGAAUCUAACUUAGCAAUUAUACCUGUCAUAAAUAAGAUAGAUCAGCCGACUGCUGAUCCCGACCGUGUUAAAGGCCAAUUGAAAUCGAUGUUUGAUCUUGACCCGAGUGAUGCAUUGCUAACAUCGGCUAAAACUGGGGUGGGUCUUGAACAUGUUCUUCCAGCAGUUAUAGAGCGUAUACCUCCGCCUCCUGGGAAGAGUGAAUCUUCUUUACGUAUGCUUUUGCUUGAUUCAUAUUUUGAUGAAUAUAGAGGGGUGAUAUGCCAUGUUGCUGUCGUUGAUGGUGCCCUGCGCAAGGGGGAUAAGAUUUCUUCGGCGGCCACGGGUAAAUCAUAUGAAGCUAUGGAUAUAGGCAUCAUGCAUCCUGAACUUACGCCUACUGGAAUCUUGUUUACUGGACAAGUUGGUUACGUUAUAACCGGCAUGCGGACAACCAAAGAGGCACGUAUUGGAGAUACAAUUUACCAUACUAAAAGCACUGUGGAUGUGGAACCUCUUCCAGGCUUCAAAGCAGCAAAACAUAUGGUUUUUUCGGGUCUUUUUCCAGCUGAUGGAUCUGAUUUUGAAGCACUCAGCCAUGCAAUAGAGAAGCUUACAUGCAAUGAUGCCAGUGUCUCUGUCACUAAAGAAACUAGCACUGCUCUAGGUCUAGGGUUCAGGUGUGGAUUUUUAGGCCUUCUGCACAUGGAUGUUUUUCAUCAAAGGCUUGAACAGGAAUAUGGAGCUCAUAUCAUCUCAACCGUUCCUACCGUGCCUUAUAUCUAUGAGUAUUCCGAUGGAAGCAAAUUAGAAGUUCAGAAUCCUGCUGCACUACCGUCUAAUCCCAAGCAACGAGUGGUAGCCUGUUGGGAACCCACAGUAAUAGCUACUAUAGUUAUGCCUAGUGAGUAUGUUGGACCUGUUAUCACCCUUCUCUCUGAGCGUAGGGGUGAACAGUUGGAGUACUCGUUCAUUGACAGUCAACGGGUUUUCAUGAAGUAUCGUCUUCCUUUGAGGGAAAUUGUUAUCGACUUUUAUAAUGAAUUGAAGAGUAUAACAUCAGGCUAUGCAUCAUUUGAUUAUGAGGAUUCAGAUUAUCAACCAUCUGAUCUGGUGAAACUUGAUAUUCUCUUGAAUGGUCAAGCAGUGGAUGCAAUGGCAACCAUUGUUCAUAACUCGAAAUCAUAUCGUGUUGGGCGUGAAUUGGUGGAGAAAUUGAAGAAAGUCAUAGACAGGCAAAUGUUCGAGAUAAUCAUACAAGCCGCCAUUGGGUCAAAAAUCAUUGCAAGGGAGACUGUUACAGCUAUGAGAAAAAAUGUUCUUGCCAAGUGUUACGGUGGUGAUAUUACUCGAAAGAAGAAGCUUUUGGAGAAGCAAAAGGAAGGGAAAAAGCGAAUGAAACGUGUUGGUUCCGUUGAUGUACCACAAGAAGCAUUCCAUGAACUAUUGAAGGUUUCGUAGAAGACGUUUGAAUAAAGUUGCACAUUAGAUUUUGGUUUUGUAAACUAUUGUUCUCAUAAAACUCAGUUGUGGAAGGAGAAUGCCACAUAAAACAAUAAGAAGAAAUGGUGAAAGCAAUUUACUUUGCAGCUUUCAUGGAAAACUAGUGUAUCUUUUAAAAUUUUCUUAUUUAUUAGUGAAGAUGAAAAAUUUUCUUACAAUUUAAUUCAUUUUCUUUCAUUUAUUAAUGUUCUAUAAUUGAAAUUGAGCUUCAAGAGACUGAUUUCAUUAUUAUAGCAAAAAAUUUGAGGUUGGAGAAAUGAAUUGUUGUCUUGUAGUUAAUGUAUCAGCCAUGAUCUUUUGUAAUAAACAUAUACUUCAUAUUAUUUUUAUUUAGUCAUUAGUAUAAAGUGUGACAAAACCCUGGUAGACUUUAGAGUCUCAGACUUUUCAAAA